AUGGAGGACAUGAAUCUCUUGGAAACUUCUAACGCAACUGGUUUUAACAAUAUUGAUUCUGUUACUCAAACUCAUUCUGCUGAGGAAACUCUAUUUAAUGAAGCAUCGUCUGAACGAAAAUCAGUAGAGAAGAUGACUGCUGAAUACUGUUGCGAGAUUUGCAGAAAAACCUUCUCUUCGGAACAUGAAGUCUCCGUUCACAAAAGAAUACAUAAACACAAUAAAGGGAAAAAAUCACACCUGUGUCAAAUUUGUGGGAAAUCUUUUUUUAAAAAUUGGAGCCUCGUUGUCCAUAUACGUCAUCACACUGGAGAAUGUCCUUAUCACUGUGAAAUUUGUGGAAAGUCUUUUGUGACUAUGAGUAAUUUAACAACACAUAAGAAAGUCCACAUUGGAGAAAGGUCAUAUCACUGUGAAACAUGUGGGAAAUCUUUUCUCUAUAAGAGUUUCUUGACAAGACACAGGAGAAAACACACUGGAGAAAAACCACAUACAGGAGAACAGUCCUAUCACUGUGAUACGUGUGGGAAGUCUUUUGUUGCCAGCUGUUACUUAAAAGCACAUAAAAGGAUACACUCUGGAGAGAAACCCUUUCGGUGUGAAAUCUGUGAAAAGUGCUUUAUCGAUAAUAGUAAGUUAACAAGGCACAAAAGAAUCCACAGUGGAGAAAACCCAUUUCACUGUGAGAUAUGUGGGAAAUCGUUCAUCGAUAAUUCUAAACUCGCAAUCCAUGUUCGUAGACAACACACAGGAGAGAAACCAUAUCAUUGUGAAGUAUGUGAUAAAUGUUUUGUUACCAGUAAUAAUUUGAUAACUCAUAGAAGAAUUCACACGGGAGAAAAUCUGCUUCAUUGUGAAAUAUGCGGACAAUCUUUUAUUACGAAAUGGAAUUUUGUCAUUCACAAACGUAAACACACGGGGGAGAAACCAUAUCAAUGUGACAUUUGUGGAAAGUCUUUUGUCACUAACAAUAAUUUAUCGACUCACAGAAGAAUACACACUGGAGAAAAAUUGUCUGAGUGUGAAGUGUGCGGCAAAUCUUUUGUUACUAAUUCAAGUCUUGUAGUUCAUAUGCGGAGUCACACCGGAGAAAAGCCUUAUCCCUGUCAAAUAUGCGGGAAAGCUUUCGUUAAUAAUUCAAAUCUUAUUAUCCAUAUGCGAAGACACACUGGAGAAAAACCUUUCCACUGCGAGAUAUGUAAAAAAUCUUUCAUUAGUAGUUCGGAUCUUGUUAUUCACCUGCGUACACACACUGGAGAAAAACCAUUUUGUUGCGAGAUGUGUGAGAAAUCAUUUAUUUCAAGCAGUCUCAUGAAAAAACACCAACGAAAACACACAAGUGAGAAGCCUUUUAACUGUGAAAUAUGA